AUGCCUCGUAAAGGAAAGAGAGUAGGUCGCCCCCCAGGAUCCAAGAACAAAAAACUCAAGUCAAGCAACACAGAUCAAUCAAUAGAUAUAAAACAAGAAGUAAAUUCUGGACGAGUUUAUGUUUGUACAAUGUGUAAAAAGUCCUGUGAUGAGGACAAGUGGGAGAGUCACGUAGAAAUCUGUCGUAUCAGUUCUAAUAUUAAGCAACAAUAUUGCUGCAAAGAAUGUGGCAAGAAGUUUAAGUUCAAAAAGAGCUAUCUUCAGCACAUAGAAUUGAAUCACUCCACAUUACCUAAUAGUGUUGCUUGCACAAAAUGUAAAAUAUGGUGUCCAAAUGAAACUGUUCUGAAGGAACACAUAGAGACAAUACACAAAAGAGCUUCGUAUGUAUGCCCAGAAUGCAACAAAGAAUUUGUAAGACGUUCUCAUGUAACUCGUCAUAUGACACAGAGUGGCUGUAAUGGUCAUCAGUUAAAUUUGUAUCCUUGUGAAAUUUGCAACUCAAAAUUCACAAGGAAAGAUAAUUUGAUCGUACAUCUCAGAACUCAACACAUACAUAAAAGUGAUAAAUACUUUUUUUGCAAGUCAUGUACUUUUGAAACUAAAAACUUUUCUAGACUUGUAAAUCAUUGGCUUUUAAAACAUUCAGGUACACCAAAUUAUUAUGAAUGCUAUCAUUGCGGUAAAUCUACUGGUUCCCGAACAGCCAUGGCCAAACAUUUAGAAAUACACGGAGAAAAAAGCUACGCCUGUGAAGUGUGUGGCUAUGCUACAUACACGGUAGAAGUAAUGCGGCGUCACAUCUUAACUCACGUUACGGAUAAACCUUAUAAAUGCGAGCAUUGUAACAGAUCGUACAUAAAGAAAUCACAGCUCCAGCGACAUUUAGACAAUCAUGAUAUGCAGAAAAUGUGCCUUAAAUGUGGAGAAACUUUCUCUACAACGUGCCAAUUAUUAGACCACAAAAACGUACACAAAGGAAAUAGCAAAUUCGCUUGUCAUUACCAAGAUUGCCAGUUCUCUAAGAAACCAUUUUUAAGUGAGGCUCAAUUGCAGAAACACGUAAAAGUUCACCUCGAAGAUAGACCAUACGAGUGCGAAGUGUGCGGCAAGCGAUUCGCGGUGGAGCUGCACAUGCGGCGGCACCUGUCCACGCACACACUGGAGCGGCCGCGGCGCUGCAUGUACUGCGUGUCGGCGCGCGCCUACGUGCGAGGCGAGCAGCUCGUAAAGCACGUGCGCGUGCACCACCCCGCCGUGUUCGGCGCGCAUCUCAAGCACGUGCGUGCGGUCCUCGGUAUCGAAGCGAAUACGGUGAGAGUGAAGAAGUCGGAACUAGAGUGUAUAUUGAACAUGCUGGACGCGGAGUCGGAUCGGAUCAUGGACGGCUACGGGGGGACCGGCGUGUUGUACGGCGGCAUGCAGGAACAAAAAGAUGCCAACGAAAACAGUGACGAAAACAUCUCUACGCAAAACGAUAAUGGACCUUUGAUGACAGAAGAGGAGCUUUUGGACAACUUAGGGAAAAUGCUGUUCAAACUGAUUGAUUCAGACACACUCGAGUGUUUCGGUUGGCCCGACGAGCCAGUUGAUGUGGUGUUAGAGAAAGUGAUCGAGCACUGCGGAGCUAAACCAGCGGAUCGCACGAUGUGGACGCGCAUGCAACGCCUCCGAGAGAACACGAAGCAUCUCUUCCUGUACGUGAUAGACGACAAGAACAUCGCCCGCAUGCUGGACACGCACACCAUAGACCAGAUCGUCAAACAUAUACUCGCCCAAGUCAGCGACACCGACAAAUGAUUAUGUUCGACUUCAACAGUGUGCCCCUUAACUUAUUGAAGUCGAUGGAGAAUCCGCGGCAUUGUCAUACAGUACACGCGCGUGUCCCGUGGUAGGACCUCUUGUGAGUCCGCGCGGGAACACUAUCAAUCGAUGGGUUGUGACUUCAAUAGAGCGCUUUAGGUUGAAAUAACGAAUUAUUUCAAUUUGCAUUUUGCUUAUAAAUUUGAGUAUAGUAACACAUUUAUUUUAUGCAGUUGUAUAUCAUAUAACAAAACGUGAUGAAUAUGUGAAGUGAUAUCAUAUUAUUAUGUAGUUUAGCUCGGUAAUUUAUUAAAAGCGGCAUAAUAUACUUGAGUUGGUGUUUCCCAUAU